CACAAUUACAACCACCAUCAACAAUUGAUUCUUCCAGUUCUUUGCUUGCCGUGGACUUGUUGGCAUCUCCCCAUCUCACAGCUUCUUCUUCUUCAUCUCCUCCGCAUCCCCUUCUUGACCCUCGUCACCAUGAGAGAAGUCAUCAGCUUGAAUGUUGGCCAGGCUGGCUGUCAAAUUGCCAACUCGUGCUGGGAGCUGUACUGCCUGGAGCACGGAAUCCAACCCGAUGGAUACCUUACCGAAGAACGCAAAGCCGCUGAUCCCGACCAAGGCUUCAGCACCUUUUUCUCCGAGACGGGCAACGGCAAAUAUGUCCCCCGAACCAUCUACUGUGAUCUUGAGCCCAAUGUUGUCGACGAGGUCAGGACCGGCACCUACCGCAGCCUGUUCCAUCCCGAGCAGAUGAUCACUGGGAAAGAGGAUGCGUCAAACAAUUACGCUCGAGGACACUACACCGUUGGCAAGGAGCUGAUCGAUCAAGUGCUCGACAAAGUUCGCCGUGUGGCCGAUAACUGCAGUGGCCUUCAGGGCUUCCUUGUUUUCCAUUCAUUCGGCGGUGGUACAGGCUCCGGCUUCGGCGCCUUGCUGAUGGAGCGUCUCUCUGUUGAUUAUGGCAAAAAGUGCAAACUGGAAUUCUGCGUCUACCCAGCUCCUCAAGUCGCCACCUCCGUUGUCGAGCCAUACAACUCGAUUCUUACAACGCACACCACUCUGGAGCAUUCUGACUGCAGUUUCAUGGUAGACAAUGAAGCGAUCUACGACAUCUGCAGACGCAAUCUAGGAAUCGAGCGACCCAACUACGAAAAUCUGAACAGACUCAUUGCCCAAGUCGUGUCCUCCAUCACGGCUUCCCUCCGAUUCGAUGGAUCCCUGAACGUCGAUCUCGCCGAGUUCCAGACCAACCUUGUGCCUUAUCCACGCAUCCAUUUCCCUCUGGUUGCUUAUGCACCCGUCGUCUCAGCAGCAAAGGCGCAGCAUGAAGCACACUCGGUCCAAGAAAUCUCCAUGUCGUGCUUUGAACCCAACAACCAGAUGGUCAAAUGCGACCCCCGCAACGGCAAAUACAUGGCCACUUGCUUGCUCUACCGCGGAGACGUGGUUCCCAAUGACGUGCACCAGGCCGUCGCUACUCUGAAGACCAAGCGUACAAUUCAGUUCGUGGACUGGUGCCCGACUGGCUUCAAGAUUGGUAUCUGUUACCAGCCCCCUCAGAUGGUGCCCAAUGGUGAUCUUGCCAAGGUCAAUCGCGCAGUAUGCAUGCUCUCGAACACCACCGCUAUCGCCGAAGCAUGGUCUGCCCUGUCUCACAAGUUCGACUUGAUGUACUCGAAGCGUGCAUUCGUCCACUGGUACGUCGGUGAAGGUAUGGAAGAAGGUGAAUUCUCCGAGGCUCGCGAGGAUCUGGCUGCGUUGGAGAGAGAUUACGAGGAAGUGGCGAGCGACUCGAUCGAAGAGGGCGACGAGGGAGAGAUUGAGCACUAGUUUGUUUAUGUAUCUUCCCGUGUUUGAUCUGUUCUCCGAUCCUGUGGGAGUCUAUCGCAAGGAGUGCAGGAGCAGGGGAUAUUUCAGAGUCAAUUCUGGGUGUCCGACAACAAAGAAUUGGGAUCGAAUUGUGUUGUUGAAGAUAGUCUCUGCGAGACAGAACAUGGCAUAGGUUGCAUCAGCGGUGCAUAAUUGACACGCAGGUCAUUCAUCAUCAGGACCACGAGUCACUUCUCAGGCUGGCAAUCAUUCGUUCAUGUUGGCUACUGAUAACGAGGGAGAAUGCGUUGAUGCUCGAUUUCGGGCAGAUUCGAAUCAUCCAGGCUUGCCAGGUAACCUGAGUUCCCUCAAAAAUAAUGCUCCAUGUGUCAUCUCCUCACUGGCGUCUUUGGCCGCGUAGUUUU